AUGGAAGUUCUUGAAUUAAAAGAUAUAAAAGCUGUACCUGAUAUUAUUCAUCCUUAUUUAGAUAGAGUGAAAACCGAAGCAACACCACUUGUAAUUGACAAUGGUUCAUACAAUUGUAGAGUUGGGUGGGCUUCAGAGAAAGAACCUCAAUUAGUAUUUAAGAAUCUCAUUGCAAAGCCACGUAAAGAACGUGGUAAAAAAGAUGGUGAGCCUCAGGUUGGAAAUGACAUAGCUAAUAUUGAAGCUGUUCGAUUUCAAUUAAAAACACAGUUUGAUCGAAAUGUGGUAACACAUUUUGAAGCUCAAGAACAAAUCUUUGAUUAUACUUUCACUCAUAUGGGAAUAGAUACAGAAGGGGCAGUAAAUCAUCCCAUUAUUUUAACAGAAGCAUUUCUCAAUCCUAAUUAUUCACGAAACUUGAUGGCUGAACUUUUAUUUGAGUGUUACAAUGUACCUGCAAUAGCAUACGGAGUAGAUUGUUUAUUUUCUUAUCAGCAUAAUAAUUGCCCAUCGGAUGGCUUAAUAAUUAGUAUUGGGUAUCAUACCACACACAUUAUACCUAUAUUAGAUGGUAAAGCAGAUCCUGUAAAUUCAAGAAGAAUCAAUGUUGGUGGAUACCAUAUUACAUCUUAUAUGCAUAGGUUGCUUCAACUUAAAUAUCCAGUCCAUGUAAAUGCUAUAACACCUAGUCGAGCAGAGGAAUUGAUACAUGAACAUUCAAUGAUAGCUUUAAAUUAUCAAGAAGAAAUUUCUAAAUGGGCUGAUCCUGAUUAUUAUGACAUGAAUGUAUUAAGAGUACAAUUACCCUAUGUUGCUCCUACAAAUGCUCCUGGUUUAACAGUUGAACAGCAGAAAGAGAGAAAACGUGAAUUAGCUAGGAGAUUAAUGGAAAUUAAUGCCAGAAAAAGAGAAGAGAGAUUAGCAGAAGAUGAAGAACAAUUAAAUCAAUUAUUGGCAGUCCAGGAUUUAUUAGAAGAAGGAGAAACAGAUGAAUUUGAUCAAGCAUUAAAAACGUAUUCUCUCGCGAAUGAAGCAGAUCUUAUAAAAAUGAUUAAUAAUUUGCAAGCAAAAGUAGAAAGAACUAGACAAAAAAUAGUAGCGGCUAAUUCACAAGAAGAAAAUAUUGCAAUGGAAGAACAGAAACCAAAAUUAAAAUCGACUCUGCAACCUAAAGAUCAACAAGAUUUCGACGAAUGGAUUGCUGGUGUACGAAAAAAAAGGCAAGAAAUAUUAGAGCGACGAAUGGCGAAAAGACAACGUAGACAAGAUAUGGCGAAACGUAGAACAGCUGCUGCGCAGGAAAGAAUGCGCAUAAUAAGUCAGUUAGCGAGAAAAGAAAAACGCGAUGACGAUUUUGGUAUGAGAGAUGAAGAUUGGGAUGUUUACAAAGUUAUAAAUAGGGAAGGUGGAGACUCAGAUUCGGAAGUAGAACAGGAAAAGCUUCUAGAAUUGGAAGAUGUAUUACGGCAUCACGAUCCAGAAUUUGAUGGCGCCGGAUCUAAUGUUCCUAUAGUUCCUGGAGAAACUCAUCAAUUGCACGUAGGAGUAGAACGUUUGAGGGCUCCAGAAAUAUUAUUUCAACCAUCUAUGAUAGGUUCUGUAGAAGCAGGCAUUGCGGAAACCAUCGAAUUCGUUUUGAAGCUUUAUCCACUCGAACAACAGUCGCGACUCGUGGGAAAUAUAUUUCUUACUGGAGGUCCGACCAGAUUUCCUGGUUUACUCGAGAGAUUGAAUCGUGAACUUCGUGAAAUGCGUCCAUUUGGAUCGAAUUUCCAAAUAAAUAUCGCAAAAAAUACUAGUAUAGAUGCAUGGUAUGGCGCGAGGGAUUUUGGUCUAAGUGGAAAUCUUCCCGAAUUUUUAGUAAGCAAGAAGGAGUACGAAGAGAAAGGUGGUGAAUAUUUUAAAGAACACUCGACCAGUAAUACUUACACUCGAUCUCCUGAUCCCUUACCUACAGUGCAGGCUCCUGUGACAUCAGAACAGGUUAUUGUAGAGGAUGCUGUUGUUGACGUUGAAAUGGAGUAG